UUUAUUUUUAAGUUUUUCGAAAAAUAGAAAAGAGUAUUUGGGCCCAAUACUUAAGUCUGUUUCUUCUUCUUCCUUCUCUUCGCUUUGAGCCGCCGCCGCUGCUACUGCCUUCUUACUCUCUCUCGUCUCUCAGAUUCGCUCACCCUCUUCGUUUCUAAUUAGGAUUCAAUAAUCAUGUCCGAUGCAAAGGAGGAGAAAGCGCAGGUCGCAGCCGACAGAAUCAAAGCCGCUGCACUCACUGCCGCCAAAGGUCUUAGCCGCACUCAAGCCGAGCGAGCUGCCACCGCAGCUGCUCGUAACGUCAACGCUUACGGGCAAAAGGAAGAAGGUCCUAGCCGAUGGCAGGAGAAACGGGAAGCCAAGAGGCAGAUGUAUUUGAUGAGUACCGAGAAAGCCGUCAGGCUUGGGGAAAGGAAAGACAACAAGUCUGUGUCUGCUUCCGCUGUCGUGGGAGGAGGCGGUUCUCAGUGCCAGAAGUGUUUUCAGACGGGGCACUGGACUUAUGAGUGUAAGAACGAGAGGGUUUAUGUGUCCAGGCCGUCGAGGACUCAGCAGCUCAAGAAUCCUAAACUGAGGACGAAGCCUUCUGUUGAUGAUCUUGAUGGUGAUGAUGAGAAGGUAGAGGUAGCGAAUGGGAAAGGAGAAGGUGAGAGGAGGUCUAAGAGGAAGCAUAGGUCGAAAUCUGACUCUGGUAGCGAUAGUGAAGCGUCUGUGUUUGAAAGUAGUGAUGGGUCUGAGUCGUCUGGAGAGAGUGAUUCGGAGUACAGUUCGUCGUCUGAGUCGGAGGAGGAGAGGAGGCGGAGGAGGAGUAAGAGGACGAGCAAGAAGAAGAAGCCAAAGCAGAGGAAGGAAAGGAGGAGGAGGAGAAGGUACAGCUCUUCUUCUUCUUCGUCUGAGGAGGAGUCAUCUGAUUCAGAAUCAGGUUCGGACUCCGAGUCUGAUGAUGACAGAAGAAGCAGUAGAAAGAAGAAGAGCAAGAGGCACAGCAACAUCAAACGUCGCUGAAUUGAGUGAAGGAAUCUUCCUUGGUGCCUUUUUCUUAGAGAAAAUCAUAUUGAGCUACAUGACAGUAACUCGCACUGCUUUUCAUUUCUCAGCUAUUCAUGGCUUUGUGUUGUAUCACACUCAUCGAUUUGAGAAUCUCUUUUAGUUUCAA